AUGUGGCCACAGCCAUCCACCGAUGAAGACAUGAUCGCCGGAUCGGAGAUCUACGGGCGGCCGCUAUACCGACGGAGCAAGCCCGUCGGUGCGCCCACCGGAGCAUCAGCACGCCACACCUCCCCCUCCGCCGUCCCCUUCUCCUGGGAGCGGCUGCCGGGCAUCCCCAAGGCCCAGAUCGCCAUCGACGCCCGCUCGCCGGACCCCCUCCUCCCCCUCCCUCCCCCUCUCAGAUCCGCCACCGCCGGCCCCCGCAAGAAGCGACCCAUCGCGGGCCCACGCCCCGCCCCCGACCCCUUCGCCGCCGCGCUCGCCGUGUGCGCCAAGGCCCCGCGGGGCUCCACCAUCGGGGAGCUAUUAGCGGCGAGCGGGUCGGCCGCCGGUCGUCACCGGAGGGUGUCGGCAGCGUCGGCGUGGUCCAUCUCCGACCGGCUCGGGCUCCUCGGCCUCUACGCCUCGUGCAAGGCGACGUGCGCCGUCGCGGACUCAUCCGUAUACGUCCCUCGGUCCGCCUCCUAUAGGCCCUUGAGCCGGCGGUCAGCCUAA